AUGAGCCCCUGCGGGCCUCCCAACUCGAGCCUGCCGGGCGAGGUGAGCGCCUGUGGGGCGCCCGGGGUCCCCAACGUAUCGGCAGCGGUGCCAUCGGGGGCUCCCAGCGGCUCCCCGGCGCUACCCAUCUUCUCCAUGACGCUGGGCGCCGUGUCCAACGUGCUGGCCCUGGCGCUGCUGGCCCAGGCCGCGGGCCGGCUGCGGCGCCGCCGCUCGGCGGCCACCUUCCUGCUGUUCCUCGCCAGCCUGCUGGCCACGGACCUGGCCGGCCACGUGAUCCCGGGCGCGCUGGUGCUGCGCCUGUACGCUGCGGGGCGCGCGCCAGCUGGCGGGACCUGCCACUUCCUGGGCGGCUGCAUGGUCUUCUUCGGGCUGUGCCCGCUGCUGCUGGGCUGCGGGAUGGCGGUGGAGCGCUGUGUGGGCCUCACGCGCCCGCUGCUGCACGCAGCGCGCGUGUCGGUGGCCCGGGCGCGCAUGGCGCUGGGUGCGCUGGCCGCGGUGGCCCUGUCCGUGGCGCUGCUGCCGCUGGCGCGCGUGGGGCGCUAUGAGCGGCAGUACCCGGGCACCUGGUGCUUCAUCGGCCUCGGCCCGCCCGGGGGCUGGCGCCAGGCGCUGCUCGCAGGCCUCUUCGCCGGCCUCGGCCUGGCCGCGCUCCUCGCCGCGCUAGUGUGCAACUCGCUCAGCGGCUUGGCACUGCUGCGCGCGCGCUGGCGCCGCUACCGCUCCCGACGGCUUCCCGAGGUCCCGGGCCCCGAAGGCUUCCGGCGCUGGGCACCCCGCUCCACCUCCGCCUCUUCCGCCUCGUCCAUCGCCUCGGGCUCCGCCUCUGCCACCCUGCGCAGCUCCCGGGGCGGCGGCUCAGCGCGCAGGAGUCGCGCGCACGACGUGGAGAUGGUGGGGCAGCUCGUGGGCAUCAUGGUGGUGUCAUGCAUCUGCUGGAGCCCCCUGCUGGUGCUGGUGGUGCUGGCCGUCGGGGGCUGGAGCCCCAGCGCCCUGCAGCGCCCACUCUUCCUGGCUGUGCGUCUGGCCUCCUGGAACCAGAUCCUGGACCCAUGGGUGUACAUCCUGCUGCGCCAGGCUGUGCUGCGCCAGCUGUUGCGCCUGCUCCCCGCCAGGGCCCAAGGCCGGGGCCGUGACACAGAGCUGGGCCCGGCCAAGGGAGCGUGGGAAGCCAGCUCUCUACGCAGCUCUCGGCACAGUGGUCUCGGCCAGUGCUGACCGCUGACGCACCCCGUGCCAUCAAGCCACCUGGUCCAUCUCCUCUGGGCUGCGGCUCCAGUGUGGGUGCACAGAGGCGCCCCGACCCAUCCGGGAGUCAUGCACGAUGCUCUAGAGGGCGUUGGAGACCCCUGAGCCUCCACUCGGCUCACAGUGGCCCCGAGCUGCCCAAACGUGCGGCGCCUGCACCUCCCGCAUCGUGCUCUGGGGGGCGCUCAAGACCCCAAAGCCCAGGGCAACCCUGACCCCCUCUCGCCGCAGGCCACUCAAAGCACGAGAAGGGACGGAGGGUGCGGGGGUCGGGGCAAACCCCAAAGGCCUUUUUUAAAAACUAAGAACUCCUGAAGGGAGGGCAGGGCGGGUGCUAGCAGCCCCCGGGCACGAAGUCGAAGUCCCGGAAAAAAGCCUGCUCGGCGGCAGACAGGGGCCGCGCAUCCCGGGGCAGGCUCAGCGUGGGCGCCUCCCCCGUGAACUCCUCGUCGAAGUUGCUGACGUCCGUGCGCCCCGAGAGCUGGGGAACGAAGGGGGGCGGCAGGCGGCGGGCCAGGAGCGCGUCCCAGCCCAGGGUCUGCAGAGGGGAGAAGAGGCGGGUGAAGAGGAGGCUGAGGCAGGAGGGUCUGGGCUGGGCACAGGGGGAUGCUGAGGUCAGGGCUGCGCAACCCAGAGGAAGUGGGUACAGGAGUGGGGGGAGCAAAGCGGGGCUCCCGGGGCCGCGCCAUGUCUUGAGGGGCCCUGGGCCCUGGUGGAGAAGGUCAAGGGGCCUCACCCUGAAGAACGGCUGCUUCUUCACGUCCUCCGCGUCGCGCUCGCUGGAGCCCAGCCUCCGCUCCGGGUUCCUGCGCAGCAGCUGGGGGCGAGGUGGAACCGGGUCAGCUGUGGUCUCGGGCCCAGCGUGCCCCUCUUCCCCGCCCAGCCCUCACCCAGUGCUCACCCUGCGCAUGACGCCGAUAGCCUCAGCGGACAGGAAGCGGGGGUACCGCACCUCGUCAUUGACGAUACUGUCGAACACCUCCUCCUCGUCGUCCCCAGGGAACGGGGACUGCGGACAGCGGGACGCAAUGUGGUGAGCGCAGGCCCCAAGGGCCGGCGCCCCUUCCUCCCCGGGAGUCGGGGACACUCACCUCACCCACGAGCAUCUCGUAGAGCAGCACGCCCAGCCCCCACCAGUCCACGGCACGCGUGUAGGACGUGUCGGUCAGCACCUCGGGGGCCAGGAACUCGGGGGUCCCGCAGAACGUGCUGGUCCGAUCGCCGUACCCCAUGCCUGCAGGCGGCGGGCGGGACCGUGGGAACUCAUGGGGCUGGGGCUGUGGGGACCCCGGGCGCUCCCCGCUUCCCCUUACCCAGCCCACCCCAGGCCAUCGGGUCGCCAGACCCAGCCCUCACCCUCCUUGCAGAGGCCGAAGUCCGCAAUCUUCACGUAGCCCUCGGUGUCCAGCAGCAGAUUGUCCAGCUUUAGGUCCCUGGGGAGGGGCGGGGCGUGAGUGGGGGAGGGGCGGGCAGCCCCAGGCUGGAGCCCCCCACCGGGGCAGCACGCACCUGUAGACGAUCUUGUGCUCGUGGAGGAAUUGCAGGCCCAGCACCACGCAGGCUGAGUAGAAGCUGCAGAGAGAAGCGGGCAGGGGUCAGGGCUGCGGCCCCAGGGCUCCAGGAGGCUGAGGCAGGCGGGUCUAGGGGGAGGUCGGAGGACCGGGGCUCACACGGCUCGGGGCUCAGAGAACACGUCGCUGUGGAUGUGCAGCAUCAGGUCCCCGCCGGCCGAGUACUCCAUGACGAAGCACACGUGUUCGGGCGUCUGGAAGCAGCCGAACAAGUUCACAAGGAAGGGGUGCCCCGCGCGGGUCACAGCCGCCAGGAUUCGCUUCUCGCACAUCAGGCUAGGGCAGGUGCGGGGGACAGAGGCCCGGCUGAGUUCUACACCCCCAAACCCCAGGCUCUCGGAGGCCUCGACUUGCGUGCAGCUGGGCUGCAGCAGGACUUCUGAGGCUUGGUCUAGGCCCGGUGUGCGGACGGAGCACCCGGAAUCCGCCCAUGACCCAACAGCGCCCCCUGCUGCACAUGGGGGAACUGCAGGUCGGAGGACCCGGACCCAGGCCCGCGGAGCCACAUCGCUCUGCCCAGGACUGGUUCAGGCAGAGGGAGCCCAGUGAAGGCGGCUGCCGCCAAGACUCCCACAGGAUGGGUCCGGUAGCAGCUCCACCACGCAGUGCGGGAAACACCCGGAUACAGCCGUGCCUGAAGCGGAGCCCCUGGGAUUCUUUACUGAUCCAGAUCAAUAAAUUCCCUCAUUUGUUUAA